AUGUAUGGCUGUGAAUGUGAGUACAAAGACGAUGGCGAUAACGACCACAACAACGACCACAGCGACAAGAAACACGGCAGCAACUACCACGGCGACAACGACCACGGCGACAACGACCAUAGCAACAAGAAACACGGCAGCAACGACCACGGCGACAACGACCACGGCGACAACGACCAUAGCAACAAGAAACACGGCAGCAACGACCACGGCGACAACGACCACGGCGACAACGACCAUAGCAACAAGAAACACGGCAUCAACGACCACGGCCACAACGACCACAGCGACAACGACCACAGCGACAAAGACCACG